GCAGCUUGCUCGAGCUCCUCGCCCUCGCGUUUGUGCUUGCUACAGGAUCUAGGGUCCCUGGCUUUUCUUUCUUUUGAUCAAGGAACCUUCUUCAACAUAGGUCUUUUUUUCUUUGGUGAAGACUUUACACCUUAGUGUACGAAUUUAUCUAACUAACUUGGUCGCGGAGCUGCUGGGAGAACAGGAGAUACAGGCAUCUGGAUUGCCCGUCCCCCCCCCCCCCCUCCGGCUCGCCCUGAGCAGCCUCUGCACUGAUUGUAGUUUGGGUGCGAGUUCUUCGCGAGGCUCAAGCCAUGGCGUCUCACCAGCCUAACAACCCAGCAUACUCUAUGCACUACCAAGCCGGAAUGCAGCAGCAGCCACAACAGCAACAACAGCAGCAACCCCCACAGCAGCAGGCCCAGCAGCCACGAAUGCCCUUGAAGCAAUAUACGGUGCCUGUUCCUCCACCCAACGCAGUGCCAGGCUAUCAGCAGCCAGCAGGCGUUUAUUCUACUGGUCAAUAUAUUCCUCAACAGCCUCCGAUGGGGUUUCCAGGUACUCGUAUGAUGCAGCCAGGACAGCUUAGUCAACAGCAGCAACAACAACAGCAACAGGCUCAGCCACAGUAUCGGAUGCCAUUCCAACCUCAACAAGCCGUUUAUGGGGCAAGCGUGCGACCCCCGGCACCCAUGAUGGGCACUGGGUACCAGCAGCCUUUGACACAAGCAAUUCCUCCACAGUCUAUGGCACCGCAGCCUCCAACAAUGCAACAGCAGCAACAACAACAACCGCCACCGCCACAGAUGAGCCAGCCGAUAUACAGUGCCCCAGGAGCAGCCAGUGCUGCACUUAACCAGACACCACCGAGUUCCACCACGUUGCCACCCGCUCAGUAUGCGAACAUGCAAGCUGUGCCUUUGCAACAACCAACUGCUGCAGUCGCUGCUGCCGCCGCUGCUGCUGCUGCUGAGCCUCAUGCAGAGCAACAUGCUCCCAAUAUGACGACGACACCUGGCUCCAGCGCAUCGCGAACCAAGGUUACUCUAAAAGACCCAAAUACUGGAGAGGAUUUGUUCAGCACUAUGCCGAAAAAGUCGCAGCCUGGUGCCAGGGCACACACAACUCCGACUCGUGGGCAACCAUCCCCGGCAUCAUCAUCAUCAUCAUCUGGCAAAUCACCGCCAUCAACCACUACGCCUCAGGGUCACAGUACUGUAAAUCGUACUUCCAGUCUGAGCCAUGAAGCACCUGUGUUCAAGCCUACCACUCGCACCAUGUCAGCACAACCUAGCACCUCUGGAGCUGGUGCUGCGAAGCCAAGUGCUCUUGCUGAUGGCAAUGUUACCCCCAGCCGCCCCAAGUUGAACUUGGCUGCAAAGGAGUUCAAGCCUCCGGAUGUUGCAUUUGCAUCAGCUACUAACUCUGACAACACUGUCGGUACAGAGGCACAGAGCUCGACCACUGCCUCUGCCUCUACUACAGCUGCUUCUGCUGUAACUGCUGUGACCACUACUACUGCUUCGUCGUCACUAGCACAGCCACAGUUGCCUGUUGAGGCCAAGUCUGAGCCAGAGGCAUCUGGUACCAGCACGUCAGAGCCAGAUUCAUCAACGGCCAGCACUACUGCUGCGUCCACUGCAGCAAACUCAGCUGUAACUCACCCUCAGCACACAGCUGGUUCUGCUUCUCCCGUGGCAGCAGCAAAGACCCGGUCAAGGUCACCUUCGCCACCCGUCACUGUAACCAGUGGUGCACCUACUCAGGCCAGUCUGACAUUUGAGGACCGCCAGGACCAACCGGAGUCGGACAAUACUGCUAACCGGUCUUCCAGCUCACAGCUAGCAAGCGGAACACCUGGCAGUGAAAAGGCAAGCGAAGACAAGACUGAUGAUCAGGCCUUUGCCACUGCUUCAGCUUCGAAGCCUGGUAGUGCUGCCAAUGCUGGUUCUGCUGAGAAACCCAGCAAUCCUCCUACUAGGGAUGGCUCCGCAGAGUCGUCUCCUUCUUCAUCUCGCAAGAAGCCCAGCAUUGAAUACAAUGAUCCUAGCCAAUGGACACCAGACAAUCAGGCUGGUAAUAAGAUUUACUCACGUGACUUCCUGAUGCAGUUCCAGAGCAUUCAGGUCACAAAGCCGCCUCAGCUACCGUCAAUCGACGGUGUUACCGACAACCGGAAACCACGCAGUGACCCCAGAGGUAACUUUGGAGGAGGAGGUGGUGGUGGUGGUGGUGGCUAUGGAGGUGGCAAUAACACCUUCUUGCCAGGCUACUUGCAGAACACUGUUGGUUCUAAUGGUGGUGGAGCCAUGGGCCGUGGUCCUGGACCAUCUGGUGGUGGUGGCGCGCGUAGACAAUCGCGUCCAAGCCAAAGCGGUAGCGGAGGAAGAGCGCCACCAGCCCGUGUCAUUCAACUCACUCAGAAAGAGGAGCCACUUAAAAACUCCGAGAAUCGUUGGGUGCGUUCCACUCAGCGCAAGGCUGAUGCUUCAGACGGGGAAAAAGCUACGGAGGCAUUGUC